ACAAUUAUAGUCGUCUGACCAGGCUUUACCUUUCCAUCCUCUUGUUUACCACUUUAACCCCUGGUUAUUUCUAACCCCUUGCCUCUGAAUAACACUGAUUGGAUUAGGCUUGUUGUGUAAAGCUUUAAGAGUAGCUAGGAGAGCUAACGUGGACUUUAAACGUAACCUAUCGUGGUUUUUCUUAACCAUCUCCUCCUCCAACAUAUUGGCCAUAAAUUGAGCCAGAUUUUUUCUUGGAUUGCUUAUUAGAAGAGGUACGAUAAUUGACAGGGCGGGUUAGAAGUAACUGGGGAAGUGUCGUGUCACCAUAGCCUCCCUGCUGUGGGAAACCACAGCAGAUGGUGGGAUCUUUCACCUGAUUACCUUGACUGCAUAACCUCUACUUCACUCAGCGUACACCAGCACCAGCAUAACUGCAGUUAGGUUCUGAGAGGAGGACAACUUGACAUCAUUAGCACAUAACGGUGCCUGGAGUCAGGAGUGUCUGAGUUACUGAGAGCAUAGCCUCAGCACAUCAUUCUGAGACACAACAGAAAGCAGGAAUUAACAGGAAGUGAAUUUGACAUCCGACAGAAGCAAGAAACUGAGAAGUCAGGAGCUGAGAGGAGGACAACAUGGGAGUAGCUAACUCCAGAGACUACCACACGUAUCACCCCUCUCAAUCACCCAUCAAGGUGGUGCUGAAACGACGGAACGAGCCCCUGAAGAAAGAGAGCCCCAAGUGGAAGAGCGAGUAUCCCAUGACGGAGGGCCAGCUGAGAAGCAAGAGAGAUGAAUUCUGGGAUACGUCCCCGGCGUUCGACGGUCGGAAAGAGAUCUGGGACGCGCUUCGAGCUGCAGCGCUGGCGGUCGAGGUCAACGACCUGGAGCUGGCCCAGGCCAUCGUAGACGGGGCCUGCAUCACGGUGCCGCACGGCUUACUGACGGAGAGCUACGACGAGCUGGGCAACCGCUACCAGCUCCCUGCCUACACACUGGCCCCGCCCCUCAACCUCAUCAAGGAAUGCACCAAUGAGACCGAGGCCUCAGAUAAGCCUGAGAAGCAAGCCCCUCCUCCUCCUGUCAAACAGGAGUUCCAGCUGAAGGUCCGCCUGUCCUCAGGUAAGGACCUGCGUCUGACGGCCACCAUGGCCGACUCCAUCUCCCAGCUGAAGAAGCAACUGGAGGUCCAGGAGGACAUUGACGCCACCCACCAGAGGUGGUUCUUCUCUGGGAAGCUGCUCACAGACAAGACCCGGCUCCAAGACACCAAGAUCCAGAAAGACUUCAUCGUCCAAGUCAUCGUCAACCCCAACCCUCCUGUCAUCGCUACCUAGGGAGGGAGGAAGAGGAAGAGAGAAGGAGUGGGAGGGAGGAAGAAUGGGGAGAGG